UAAAUAAGGGGCUUUGAAAGACGGUUUCUCGUUUCCUUGACAGCUUCUAGGCCACCCUAUCUCCCCCAAUAAAAGCAAUCUAUCAGCCUUCUGGUUUGACAGACUGACUUGGAUGGUCUUCUCCACUGUUAAUCGAUAGCUCAACCUAUACAUUCCUCGUCACCAACAGCAUCAAUAGUCACAUAACACCUCCUAAGAAACUCAGCAUUGACAUGAAGGCGAUAGGCUUUUUCACAAUCAUCGCUGGCUUCUCGACGACCGCACGCGCAGGCCCGAUCGCAUACGGCGUCUGUCAAGCAGGAUGCGCCUCCGUCGUGAUGGCUUGCUACGCUGCAGGCGGCGCGACAUGGGGAGCCACUGCUGGAGCCACGGCCCCAGCGACGAUUGCAGCUUGCAAUAGUGCAUUUGGAGUCUGUUCUGCUGCUUGUGCUCAAACGGCUCUGAUUGCUCCUACACCAUGAUCCUGAAAUGGGGAAAGGUUACCGGAAAGGGCAUUGGAUCGUCGAAUGGACAACAUUCUUUUAGGCUGCGGAGGGGAUUUCUGUAUUUGAAGUGAUGGUAGGGCCAGGACGGGAAGAAAAGCUUAUGCCCGGGGAAAAUGCAUGGGUUGCUACCGGUUUGAUGUCUCUCUUUGGGACUUGAUCAACUCACUACCGUUUAUUGGAGGUUUCGGGAGACAUGCAGCAAGGUUUAACAGGAUGUCACUCUAUGUUCUGUUCAUGAUGUCAUGUGAAUGAGAGAGAAUAUGUUUAAUUGAAGAUUGUAAAUGGA